AUGCCAGGCCACUACUCGUACAGCCAGUGUAGUGUGCUGUGGAGCUGUGGAACGGGGUGGGGUGCGUGGCCCGUGUGUCAUUCCGUGUCCGACGGAUCAACAUUCCUCAACUCGACCCUCUCGGCCCCUGGGCUGGUGAACAUCCAUGAUGCGACCGUUGAGUCUUGUUCACUUCUCGUCAACGGCGAGCGGGCUGGCUGGCAGGUUUUUACUGUAUGUCUCGUGAAAUCAAGGCAUUCCAACACAUUUCAUCAGCUUUACCAUUCCGUUCACAUUUUGAGGCGGGAGUACACGCGUGGUAUUGAUUGGUCUGCUCGCAUUGUUCGAGCAAGGGGGCGCACAAACGCUCUCAACACAAACACCUCGCAGGCCCCAAACAAAGUGCCGUUGCCGCAUCUCGAACUCAGUGCGAUUGUGGGCAUGUCUCGACUCUGGCUCGCCGUCAUGAUCCACACGUGGGUCAUGCGGAUGUCCUAA